GAACAUUAAUAUGACAUUCACUUUCAACUUUUCAAGUUUUAUUAUAGUUGAAAAAUUAAGUAAGAUCAGAGGAUGGCUCAGUUGGAAUUGGAUGUCCGCAAUACUACCCUCUUGACAGCUGUCUAUGCACAAAGUUGGCCAGCACCGCACACAAACAACCUUCCUCGGAAAGGAUUCAUAGGUAAUCACUUGCGAGCAAACUCCCCUUGUGUCACAACACACCAACCAACGCCUACCAAUGGUCCCCGGGCACAGUCACCGAGAGCUCCCCGCAGAUCCUCUCCUCAUCACCACCAUCAUGGAGGGGUAGGGAGGGGUGUUAGCAGUCUACAUCAUGGAAAUCAGGAAUUGUGCAUCAGUGGGAGAGGGGCUAAGGGGUUGGAGUGGAGUCAGCCGAAGGGAAGAGGGGAUGGAGUAAUCAGAAGCAAUGAUUUACCUCUUCACCUUGGACUCGACAAGGGAACUUUGCAGUGGAGAAGCUGGUCUUCUUUUAAACAAGAUAUAGAGACAGUUGAUGAUCAUAAAGAUGAUCUGUCACUAUACAAAAUAACCCAGGAUACCUUUCGUAAGCUGACCCAGCAGGUCAGUGAGGUCAGUGAACAUCUCAAUAGCAGAUAUGCUGUAUCGGGAUUUCAGGGUGUGAGGCGGAGUCAGUUGGCUGCUAGUCUUCCCUCCAGCCACCCUAGUAUUCAAAACCACAAAGAGAGUGAGGGAGAUAUGGAUAGGUUUCAAUCUUCACUAGCGAUCCAGUCAACGCCCUUCAAAGGUUCUCAAAGACAGAGACCAAAGUCUCAUCUGGUGACCUCUAAAAGGAACAGACUCCACCCACCACCUCGACCUCACUCAAGUAUCAGUACAUCAACUCGGUCUAAAGGUCAUUUUGACCACCUAUCACCAGGCAUCAUAGGUCACUUCCAGGGAGAGGAAGAGGGGCAGAAAGAAACACCUUUGGCCGGUGGUGACCAAAACCUUGGACCUUACGAUAUCGUCAAAGACGAGUACAAGUUUGGCUCAGAUUCAGAAGAGUCAGAUGACCGCACUUUGGCUACAGAAGACUUUCGAGAUGAGGAUGAUGAUGAUGAUGUUGGAAACCACUCCAUGGGGUCUAUGGAUAUGGACUCCUCUGAGGACGAGAUGGAGAUAAAUGAAAGGAUAGAGAGGAUACGGACCCAUCGUGAAAAGAUGCAGAGGAAAUUGAUGCGUCUAGACCUUCCACCAGAAGUGCUGACAGGGGAUAUUGACUGUAUGUUUCCAUACAGUGGUUCCACUGCAAGCAAGAAGAAGAAGCAGGAACCUUUUGCUGAGGCUUUGAGUGCACCUUACUGCCAUAUGGACCUCUUGGAGCUAAGUAUGUUGGACAAAGAUUGGAGGACUAUCAUCCGGACGGCCCCAGACAAGGAUGAUGCUAUCCUGAUGGAGAGGAUGAUUGAGAUGGAGAAGCUUCAAUAUGAGACUGCAGAAUGGGAGAGUGUGGUUUCUUCUCCAAGGAGAAGAUGCCAAUCUGCCCUCCAGAUUAGGAAAGGUUGGAAUGCCGAUGCUGCUGUUCCAACAGAGAGGGCUCAUAGUGCACUUGGGAAGCCCAAACAGAGUAAGAACUGUUGUGAUCAAUGCCUGCAGCUUGUAUGUGCAGGAGAUUGUCCAAGUAAAAUUGCAGCUUCGUACAACUCUUGUGUUCACUGCCGUCAGCCUUACUGCAAUGGGGCCUGCACCGACUUUGGUUACCACCUUCACAUCAGGUAUGCCAGGCAAGAGGAGAAAAAAAAGAGAAGGCCUAAAUCCUGUAAUACCUGUCGGAGAAGCAGAACACCAAACAACGCAAUAAAUACCAACAAUGUCAUCCUCGGACGACCACGCUCCGGGUUCGCUACAUACAGCAGUUCCAGAGUGCAGAGUGCAAAAGCCAAAAAGAUGACCGUUGCUUCCACAGAUGGAGCAGAGCAUGUUUCUAACAGGAUGGAGAAGCUGAGGCUGUCUGCUCGUAAGUACAAAGAGAACAGUGGUGAUGAGGAUGAUGGUGAGGUGAAAUCAAAGAAACAGAGACCAAGAACAGCAGGAUCAAAGAGACAGAUCAAAGGAAGGGAUGCCAUGAUAUCAGGGAAGAGCUAUCAAUCCCAACGAAGGUUCUCUCUGACAGAAGAUCCCGUUACCACCACUGCUGCUAGUAUGAAUCCCAAGGUACUAAGGGUGAGAUCCGCACAUUACAGGACGCACAAGACAAGGCAGAAGACAAGAAAAGCAAAGAAAAAGUGAUGAUAAGAUUACUUUGUAUUCAGGUUGGUUUGAUGUGCUCGUAGGUAUAUGUUGGUAUCUCCAGGAUGAUGGCUGCAUAAAAAAGGUUAAGUUUGCUUGAGUUUUGACUUUUCCACCAGAUUUCAGCUCUGUGUACUGUAUAUUUUGCAAAGAAAGGGCUACACUUUUAACAGUCAUGGAAUCUGCAUUUGUGAGUUUUGUUUUGAAGAGGCCUGCACAUUUAUUUGGCCCAACAAUUUUUUUUGUACAGUAUUUCUUUGAAGUUUUAGCCCUUUAAAAAAGAAACACUGUCUUUUCGUUCACUGCACCAACCAUCACUAUAUAAUUUAUAAUAGGGCACUCCCCUCGUGCAUUCACAAUGAUUUGACAUCAGAUCCUGAAGAAGUUGUCACUCAAUAUCUAUGGUUAACCAUGAUCAUUCUGUAACCUACAUUUGAUUCCUUAUUUAGUGGCAUUUCUUCAUUUUCAGCUAUUACCUGUCUUUGCACAAGACCUUGG